ACCUUAUAGUUUCUUCUUUCUUCGAUAUCUGUCACAAUUGUCUUCGUUACGAAUAAUAUAUAAUCGCGUGCUUCGAGUUGAUACAAAAAAGUAGAAUAAACGAAGGUCUUACAAACGUAAUAGGUCAGCAGAAUCAAAUUUAUAUCGACGAUGAAUGUUCUACAACUGGUUAUUAUAUGUCUCACUGGUCGAGUUGUAUUUGGCAAACCCGACGGCGCCCCGACAAAAAGUUGCUAUCAUAUGCAGCCUGAUCAUAAAAGAAGAGACGGUUUUCCUCCCCUUGUUCAGACUCGUCCUUUAGAUACGAUUCCAUACCAACUAAGAGCCAAAAUUGAAGGCGGAUUUAUUCGUCUUUUUAUAACCGGGUCGGAAUCAGAAUAUGUUGCUGGAUUUCUCAUUCAAGCACGGGAAAGCGAGCGGGGAAAACCAAUUGGGAAAUUUGAAUCCAGCGAUCUAGCAAAGUACCAGGAGUGCGACAAAGAUGAUCAGUACCCUGAAUUUUCAAGUAUAACACAUAAGGAUUCUAGCCGGAAGAAGAUGAAUAUCACAUUCCUGUGGAGUCCAGCCGAGCCAAUAACUAAAAACAUCACUGUCAGGUUUUACGCGACAUUGGCAAAGAAUCAUGAAACAUUCUGGCUAAGGGCUUCGAGUAACGAAAUAUAUGUUUUGGACCUGAAAAAUGGCGCACCAGGGCAACAUUCAUUCUUUUUUAUUUUAUCAUCUUUAACGAUCUUUUUAACGAUAGAUUUGUCGUUCGUUCAUUAUUAAUUAAUGCAAUAUACGUAAUAGAGCAAUGUCAUGUAGUAUUUUGGAAUUUUGUGUGAACAAUUAAAGACCGCAAAAUAUGCGUAUACCGAAGGAAAGGGAGUGGCGAUCAUUAGAUGCUCCGUUCAUGCAUGUAAUUAGAGAAUAAUCUAGGAAUUUUCUUGUAAUGCACGUUUUCACGCAGGUGAAGGCGUACGUGAGAUUUCUAUUCCUGUAUGAAUCCUCACUGACUCUUUCAUCUCAAACCUCAUAACCUGUAAGUUUUUUUAAUCCCAAAAUGCAUUAAACACAUGCCACAUAAAAUGAGCUUAUUAUAUGUUAAAAGGGAGUAAAAGCUGAGGUCCAUUGAUUUUGGUUUCGAUAACCUGAUCUGAAUCAUCUGAUAUAUAUAGGUCGCCACGUUGAUAUCUUUUACAUGGGUCUUGGGGCCGGUAUUCAAUAUUUCAAGUAUAAACUGACUUUUAACUGCAAUUUCAUAAUCGCAGGAUUAUACUAUACAAUAUUUUGGCAACUAUUGUUAAUAGAAAAUCAUUUUGUAUAUCAAAAUUUAGGUUAGGCAUCACCCAACUAAAAGGUCCCAAGUAUCUGUUUAGUAUAAUUUAUUGUUUUUACUUAAUUUGUAUAAACUAUACCUUUACAUACAACCGCCCCCUGGUAUAGAUUUUUCUGGCUCUGAAACGGCAAGGAAAAAAACUAAAGAGGCGAGUGAAAUGCUAGGCCGGAUAAACAUCAACCUUUUCAAAAAGUUUUUUCAUUAUAUCGGAUUCACAUCUCCAACUUUGACCAUAUAAGGAAGUCGGAUUUCGUCUUGACUCAACCGGAAAAACAUUGCAGUACCGUCUUACGUGUUCCCGCGACACUGUAGAUAUUUCAUAUAUUAUAUAUAAUUAAUUAUUUGUCGAUGUACAUAUCUAUUAUAU